ACUUGCUGCGAGGUUUAUUUUCUCCAAUGCUGUCCACUCUCUGUUAAACGUCGUGUUUGUUUGCUUGCCACUGCCCAGAGUCUCUCUCAUUUCCUCUUCAUUCGAUUCACUGGAAGGGCACGGUAUUUGAGAGCCCAAAAUAAAAUCAAGAAUUUGAUUGGUGACGGAGGGCAUCUUGUUUAAAAGUUAAACACUGACUGCUGCCGAAUUGCACGGACGGCAACAGGGUGGAAAAACGGGUUUCUGCCCUUCUCUGCCCUCCACCCAUGAACACCUUCAGGCAACCUGAUCCGUUCGUUUCCUGCGAUUGCAUUUCUAGUUACAUCGUGCAAAAUAAUUUACAGUUGAAUGAAGAGAAGUUUUGAAUGUGUAGUGGUUUUAUAUGUGCGAAUGGCUGGAAUCUGUUACUGUAAAGUAGCACACACAAAGGUAUACCGUUUACCCUGAGCUGCAACUCUCUGGUGAGAGGCCACUGACUGACUGACUGACUGGGGGCUUUUAGUUUUGGUCGCUGGCUCCCCCGGUCACACGAGCAGAAGCCCCCGUGUCCGGGGCGAGCUGCCCCCCCGUGGAAGUUGUCCCAUUGCCGAACACCACCGUUAAAUAAUCAACAGAGCAGUGUGAGUGGGUGGCGUUCGUGGGUGUGGCUGUUUGUGAGCGAGCGGUGCCAGGACACAACCAGAGCUUCCACUUCCCCUGCGAACCGAGCCAGUCCUCAAGUCCGCGACCACGGCGAGGAAGUCAGCGCAAAGUGCUCCAUCAUCGCGGCCCCGGAACACAGUUAACGGCAAGCCACGAGGGAAACGAUUAAAGGUAAAGGAUGAAAAGGUCUCAACGAGUCCUUGAAAAGGUUGUGCUGUGUGUCUUGAUAACUCUGGGAUUGGUCUUUGUGUUUUGGAAUGAUGGCCCAUUGCAAAAGACUGAUGACGUUGUCACAGAUGCUAUCCAUCACAAAGAUUUACCAAAGCUUGUUGUUGAAGCAAUUAAAUUUGAGGUUGAGCCCAAGUGCCGAGAAAACAAGACAUUCCUGGACCAACCCGCAUUUAACCAACAGCCCCAGCACAUAAAAAACUUCUUGCAGUAUAAACACUGCCGAGAAUUUGGUAUGAUUCAGAAUGUCCCAAACAAGUGUUGGGGUCGAGAAGGCUCUCGCAAUGUCUUCUUGCUUCUGGUGAUCAAGUCUGACCCAUUCAACCAGGACCGACGCGAUAUGGUAAGAAAGACCUGGGGGAAGGAACGUGAAUUCCAAGGGGUCCAUAUACGGAGGGUCUUUGUCUCUGGUGUGUCUCCUGACCAGAAGGAAAGGAAGAAGUUGACUUGGCUGUUAGCAACUGAGAAUAGAGAGCAUGGAGACAUCCUGCAAUGGGAUUUCCUGGAUACCUUCUUCAACCUGACGCUCAAGCAGUACAAGUUGCUGCAGUGGAUCGAUGAAUUUUGCCCCAGUGCUCGGUUCAUCUUCAAUGGAGAUGAUGAUGUCUUUGCUAACACUGACAACAUGGUUGAUUACUUGCUGGGGAUGAAUUCUCACCAGCACCUGUAUGUGGGGCAUCUCAUUCAUGGGGUUGGGCCCAUCCGAGAGAAGAGGAGCAAAUAUUAUGUGCCAGAGGUGGUGACCUCCAGCAACUCGUACCCACCGUACAUUGGCGGAGGGGGCAUACUUAUGUCUGUUUACACAGCUAAUAUUAUCUAUCGCACUGCCAAAAACCUCGAACUAUUCCCCAUUGAUGAUGUUUUCCUGGGGAUGUGCCUGGCUAAGGCUGGGCUGGCCCCAAGCUCGCACCUGGGCUUCAGAACGGCUGGAAUCAGGGUUCCAUCCAUUCAGGAUGACUCGUUCAAUCCUUGCUACUAUCGUGAGUUGCUGCUGGUGCACCGUUUUCGGCCAUAUGAACUGCUGUUGAUGUGGGAUGCAGUGCACAAUGCUAGUCUGAGGUGUGCUUACUCUCCGCAGAGAAAUGCAUUGGAGGCAAGGAACCUCAGGAGAUGGUAACAACUGUCGGAAUGUAGUGCUGUCUGUGGAUUGUUUUCCAAAGUUGCUCGUGUUGUUUAAGAUAUGUUGCUGAAUUGCCAAAUGACAUUGAAUCAAAUGCCUAUGUCCUGUGUCUUUUUAUAUCCUCUGUGUUUGAUAUGUUGUUAGGCUGCAAGAGGAACAUCAUCCCUCGGCCUAAUAUCUAUUGCACUCAUAGCCACAUUGAAUUAGGGACAGGGACAAUACAAUGUAGUUGUGGCCAAGUUAAAACCACUCCAGAUGAACAGAGGUCACUUGGCACUGAGCACACCCCCAUGGCACAUUUGCACUGUACGAUGCAUUUUUAACA